AUGCCCCGAUUUGGGACCCUUUGCACCAAAAACUUGUGUAAAGAUAGCCUCAAAGAAAGUUGCGACGAAGACAUCACUCACUCAACACCACAACACUGGUCAUCGAUAUAUCACAUGAGAUCACUCAUGGAUUCAAAUGGCAACCAAUCGGAUGACCAACAAAAUGGCCAAACAGUGAGUGAAAAGUCUUCAGUUGAAGAACCAAUAGAUAACAAGUGGAGUGACAACGAAGUGAACAGUAAAUCGUUGGACAAACCGGAGGCCAAAGAGGACCCGAGGUUUAGGAAAGUCGAGUCCAGAUAUAAACAGUCGACCCAACAGUGGGUCCACCGACGCUCCGAUGACCUCCAGUUGAGACCAGAUGUGGUGAUAAGUGGCGCCACUGGAAGUCGAAACCGUAAUCCGACGCCAAAUGCGAAGACCAAUAGACCGCUGAAGAAGGCGUCGACUCCGAUGUCGACCGAUAAGUCACUCAAUGUUUCUGGCAUUUCGGUCAUCAAUAAAGUGAACGGAAAUCAUGAAUUGAAUCCCAAUUUAAAUCUCAAGAAAUACGGAAAGGGUUUGAUUACUGGCAGGAAAUCAAUCGCUCCCAAGAAGUUGCCCUUUGGAUCAGAUGGCGAUGCGAAUGGUGUGACCUCUACGGCCACGAGUCGAGCCAUUCCUAUGGCUGUCGGUGCGGACAAUGAGACCAAAAUGAAAGAAAUGGAGAAUUCACUGCUGGAGUCGUCUUAUUUGAAUACACUUUCGCUGAAUCUGAAGGCAAAACAAAUGAAAAGCGAGAGAAACGACAACUCUUUCAAUAAAAUCUCGCAAAUCUGGUCCCAAACCAAUGAAAUGAGAACUCAAUUACUGGAGACACAGAAAUGUGUUCUUUCGCUCCAGAAUACCAUCGAAUCGACGGAAAUUCUAGAGAAGCAAAAGAAGUCUUUAGAAGAAUAUUUAAAAAUGAGAUCACAAAUGGAUUCGUUGUUCAAUCAUUUGUCGGAAUUGAUUGUCGAACAGAAACUGCUUCUUAAGAUUGAGAACUGCAGUCAACACGACUUCAACAAACUGAACGAACUGAUGGAAACUUCACCGAAUUCUUUACGGUUUGAAUCAUUCGAUAUGAUAUCAAACGCUUCCCUCAAUAUCGAGAAAUCGGUGAAUAUUUACAACGAAAUUAAUUCAAUGGAAAGUAAACUCAAGGAGUCGUACAAAAUAUUCACGAAAUGUGUGAAAGAUCUCGAAAAAUACGAGCGAAUUGCUAAUAAAAUGAAUUCACAGAAAAUGCCUUCACUUUCGAAACUCUUCUAA